AAGCGACCCGGCCUGGGGCAUGUAGCGGAUAACGAUGGGUUUGGUUUGCGCUUCUUUCUCUGCUGUGUGGGGCUGGGAUGGGUUUUAGCCUUAGACACGGCCCGGGUUGUUUCCGUGACAGGAGGGAUAUAUAUACCGCUAGCAAGGUACGAAGAGAGCGCCACAGUUCCAAGCUUAUCAAACCUGCACCUGAUCAGGUAAUCGGUUGAGUUGCUCUGAUGCUGUUUAUUCAAGACGAGUUGUACAAGGAAUAUGUGAAAAUGAUGAUGAAUAUUGUCAUUCUGUGUAUGAUCCUCUCCAUAUCUUUGUCCUUCUGGAUGAUUUCCAUCACAGCAAGUACCUACUCUGGUACAUUGCGGCCUAUCUCUCCAUGGCGUUGGCUUGUAUCUUUGCUGACCCCAAUCAUUAUUGUAUCCCAUGGCAUAAAGAAGAGGAGCUUGGAUAGCAGUGGUGCUCUUGGAGGACUGCUGGUCGGAUUCAUCCUCACUAUAGCCAACUAUAGCUUUUUCUCAGCCUUGCUGGCUUUCUUCUUCAUUUCUUCUAAACUCACUAAAUGGAGAGGUGAAGUUAAGAAAUGUUAUGACUCAGAAUAUAAAGAAGGAGGACAAAGGAAUUGGGUUCAGGUGUUCUGCAAUGGUGGCCUCCCUGCUGAAUUAGCUCUGCUCUACAUGAUAGAAAAUGGACCUGGAGAAAUACCUAUAGAUUUUUCCAAAGAGUACACUGCAUCUUGGAUGUGUUUGUCCCUCCUGGGUGCUCUGUCAUGUUCUGCUGGAGAUACAUGGGCUUCUGAGAUAGGCCCAGUACUUAGCAAAAGUGCUCCUAGAUUGAUAACAACCUGGGAAAAGGUACCAGUAGGAACCAAUGGAGGUGUUACUCCAAUAGGUCUGAUUUCAAGCCUUCUUGGUGGCAUAAGUGUGGGUGUAGCGUAUUUUGUUACACAACUUGUUUUUGUAGAUGAUUUGGAAAUCGCCGCCCCUCAGUGGCCCAUCGUCAUAUAUGGUGGAAUGGCUGGUUUACUUGGAUCUUUAAUAGACUCCUAUCUAGGAGCUAUAAUGCAAUAUUCAGGUUAUGAUGAAAGCACUGGUAAGAUUGUCAAUCACCCAACAAAAGAUGCAAAAUUUAUUUGUGGGAAGCCAAUAUUGGACAAUAAUGCAGUGAAUCUUUUCUCAUCAAUUCUUAUUGCUCUGCUGCUUCCAACUGCUGCUUGGAGUUUUUGGCCGAGACUUUAAAAAGUGGGGAAACUACUAUUUUGUAAUACUUAAUUAUUCAAAGAUACAUAUUGUUUAGCAGGCUUGCACUUAAUUAUUGAUGUUUUCUUUUAUUGUAGCAAUUAUUGAGUACAGUUUUUUUAAAAAUGUGAACAAAUACACUUUUAAAAUGUAGAGAAUUCAGUUUGAAAAAAAUGAACCUUUUUCCCCCUCAAAAAAGAUUUUCUUUCCAACUUUACUCCAUGGAUUUCUGACAUCUCCCUAAUUGCACAGUAAUUUGUUUGGAGAGUUUUAACACUUUAUUUGUGUAUAAUGAACAAGAUACGAACUUGGAGUUUAUCAGAUUGUGAAGUCUACAUGGUUGAUAACACACUAAUAAAUUAUGUACUCGACAUUUA